AGAGGUCUCUCACUUGAAGAAUAACGCGCGCACGUAUCGCACGUUAAUUCGUAUUCGCAUCCGCAGCCUACUUCCUUUUUUGUCGAUCGACGAUUUUUCCCAAGGGGUUCCACGUUCGUUGCGUUCGGUUUGCUACGGCAAGGAUCGCCUUCCUUCCUCCCUCUCCCACCACCACAGGAGACCGGAGCGUGGUGUGAGAUUUUUGUUGGCUUAUGUGGUGAAACAAUCGAGUGGAGUUAAUUGGAUAAUUGGUAAAUGAUCAGUAAUGAACAACCAGCACAUCGGAAGAUUGGUUGAAGGAAGUUUUUGGAACGAAGGUUUGUGCUGAACGAAACUAGUGAAUGGAUUAGAUGGAGUUAAUUACAUAAACAAACGAGAGCCUUGUGGUACUUACUGACUUGUGCUUGUGGAAAGAUGACGAAUGGUUGAAGAAGUUUGAUUAGUGUCAAUCAAUAAAUGUGAGUUUAUAGGAUUCAGAAGCGGUGAGGUUCUGUUCCUCUUGAAGUGAGAAUCGAUAUAACGUAUGAGUGUGAAGAUAUGAACAACCGAUUGCUACGAAACCGUGCUAAAUUGUGAAAAAUUGUUUGGUUCGGAUGAUUUGUUGGAAGUAAAUUAUAUUGAUUUGCUUCUGAACACAAAUAUUCAAGAGUCUAGUGAUAAAUAGUUCUGAAACGAAGGAGAGAAGUGUGCUAUCAACUUAAAGUGAACAUCUGGUAACCUGUGGCGGCCGACAUUAUGGAAUCGGAUGGAGAACGUGACAAUGGCUACAGCCAAUACAACUCACCCCAGCAUCAGCAGUCGGCACAACAGCAGAGUUACCAUAGGUCCUACGAGGAUUACAUUCACCCCCUGCAGCAACAGCAGCAGCAGCAACAACAACAACAACAACAACAGAACCAGCACAGUCAACAGAGCCAGCAGUCUCAAUCACAGAACCCAUCGGCCAGUUCGCCGCUGCCGGGGAGUAUGCUCGCACCGCCGAGUCCCAGCAUGCUCGGGUCGGGCGGCAGUAAUGGUAUGAUGCCCUCGCCUCUCAUGCAGUCCCACUCGCCCCUGCUUUCGUCGAAUCCCUCGCUGCUAAACUCACAGUCCCCACUGCUUUCGAAUUCGCCGCUGAUGAGCCAGUAUUCGCCCUAUCAGGAUGUCAUUCCCACCAUCCUGCCCCAGGACGAGCCGGGUGGAUGGGGCGGCUACACGCUCGCUCCGGGCCCCUACCAGAGUGAGUUCUGCGCGUCCAACUAUGGUGUGCUGCACCAGCGGCAGCAGUACGGAGCGCCUGGCAAGAUGGGACCCCACGGGUCGCUAAAAAGUGCGAAAGAAGCGCGCAUCCGACGGCCCAUGAAUGCGUUCAUGGUGUGGGCCAAGGUGGAACGGAAGAAGCUCGCCGACGAGAACCCCGAUCUUCACAAUGCUGAUCUCAGUAAAAUGCUAGGUAAAAAAUGGCGUUCGCUGACGCCACAAGAUCGCAGGCCGUACGUGGAGGAAGCUGAACGGCUCCGGGUAAUCCACAUGACCGAGCAUCCCAAUUACAAGUACAGACCACGCCGUCGGAAGCACACAAAAGCUACGAGGGGUGGACCUGGCGCCAACGGAGUGUCCAACACUCAGUCGAUGGCGAACAAUACUCAAAGCAACAAUGUGAGCAAUUCCUCUCCAAGUGAACUGAAUUAUGACGGUGACUCGUCUCAGCGAAUGAGCCCUUACAGCUAUAACCCACAUUACUACGCUGGAGCAAAUAAUGUUCUCAACACGCCCGAUUCAAGUCCCACCCAAAGUCCAGAGCCAGUAGCACCAACAGUCGUCCAGGCUGCAAACAGCAGGAAGCUUACCGGGGGCUCCAUCGAUGGCAGCCAAAAGCUUGAUGAUGUCUCAUCCGCCCUGCCAACCCCAGAAAUGAGCCCUCUAGAGUUGGAAAAGGAAAGCUACAAUGGACUCCACGCAAGCCAUAGCUACGACGAUCUGAAAAGCAAACAAAAGUUGACAUACGACGGCUAUGCUAGUAUCAAGAGUGAACAGAAACUCCCCGCCACAUUCCCGAAUAGUUACGAUCAUGAAGCUGAGAUAAAGCGAGAGUACGGGACCGCCGCAUCAUAUUUAAGCUCCGUGCCGGAGAAGCGGUAUUCGUACGAGUCAUCGCUGUCGAAUGGCUUACACGACAAGCGUAACUACCUGCCUUGCUCGGGGUCAACCACCACGACCGCUAUGGUUAACGGAAUGUACGUUAUGUGUACCAAUCGAAGCAUUCUGGACCAGGGCCACAUAGUCACAGGGACAUAUUUUCCUCCUCUGGCAACAUCCGAGGACCAUCAAACGCUGGGAGCUACGCUCACAACCAGCCAUGUGCCGCAUCUGAGUUUAAGCAGUAAUAGCAGUAGCAGUAAUCACAAUCAGAACAAUAACAAUAAUGGCAACAGCAACAACUCUACCGGUUCCAGUAUGAACAAAACAAGCAACGGAUUGCUGAACAACACAAACCUCAUCAGUGAUGGGAACUCCAGCCAGAUGGCGCAACAAUCUGCACACCAAAAUACACUAACAGCCGAACAAAUCAACAGUUACUAUGGUGUCAACUCACUCUCUUCCGGGCUACCCGCUUACUCGUACGCCUACAAAGAUUAUGGUAUAACCUACGAGACGCACUCGAUGAACCAGGACGAGGUGGAUACCCGCGAGCUCGAUAAGUACCUAAAAUAUCCAGAUAGCAACCAUAACUUCAACAGUUACGAAUCGUACCAUCACGGCGGGACAAUCUAUGGUCAUUCCCAAUCCGAUUACUAUAACUAUCACCAGCAGAACGCGAGCCUUCUGGCUCAGCAGCAUCAAUCCCAACAGCAGCACCAACAACAACAGCACCAACAGCAACUUGCACUCGGAUCAGCAUCACCUGCCGGUAGCAAUCACGGAAACAAUUCGACGGGUUCCAAUAGCAUCAACACGGCGCCAUCGUCGGUCUCCACGAACAGCGGUGGAAAGGUGGACGGAAUGAUCGGUGCCUCAGGACAUCUGCCUACAACUCCCGUGGCGCUAUAUGCAAUCCCUCUGCAACACUCCCAACUGGCGGCCGCCCAACAGCAGCAGCAGCAGCAUCAUCAACAGCAACAGCAACACCAGCAUCAGGGACAUCAUUCUCAUGGAUCAAAUCCACACGGUAUGACCGAUAUUUACGUAACCAGUGAGCAGUUGAAGGACGAUGAGUUUAGUAACAUUUUGGCCGGUGUUAGGAAGACUUGCUACAGUAAUUAAACGGGUCCGGGGGUGCAUGAGUGUGUGCUAGACAAAGCUAACUAGUAGAAGGGCAAGAUGCACAGGUUAAUUUGAUUCUAUGGCCGGCUUCUUCCCUUUUCUCGAGAUUUAAUAGUUUCAAUUUAUUUUUUCAUUCAUUGCUGUCUUUUCCGUUAAUUCGCCACAUGGGAAUACGAGGGUCCACGUUCAGAAAUGAGUAUAUCUCCCCAUACUUCCGAAAGUAAUCUUUGCACAUUCUUUGAAACUUUUAAGCUCAUUGAAUGUUAUGUUUGAGGAUGUCAAACAAUUUGCUAAAUAUUAGGUAUGGAGUGUAUGAUAAGGCUACAUACAUAGAAGAUUGUCAUUGAUAACUUUUAUCAUUGUUUUUUUCAAUCCAUAUAUUUUACAAGCUGGUUCUAUAUCCAACCCAGAAUCUGUUGCUGAGUAACACACCGUCCAGUUUUUUGUCACAUGUGGAACUUGGAAACAAUAAAGUAAAAGUAUUUUCGUAAUUCGAGAUUCGAGAUCAAUUUUUAACUAACGGGAAUCGGGAAUUUCGUGAAUUCAUGCGGGAGAAAGUAGGGAAAAAUGAAAAAUGAAAUUGAGUGGUCACACUGAAAAUACAAUGAUCGUCUGACAAUUCUUCCGUUCACAUAUUUUGGAAGUGCUAAGCUUCAUACCAAACGUAAGAGGAAGGUAAUAAAAUUUACUUGUGACGAAGAACAUAAUCUAUUACAAUGCAUGGAUUGGUCUUACAUGGAGCCAAAAUUCUCAUGAAAUGAUUCACUGUUUGUUUUUUAACAGAUGACAAUUGUAUCGUGGCUUAUUUCGAUUAUUUAUGUGGCAAACUGGUCCAGAGAGCAGUCGCAUGCUUAGUUCUCGAAAGCAGUAACAUUUUCGGUCAAAUUUUGAUUAAUUGGCGAUUAUUUUCUCACUUCAGCUUCAUAUUCAGCGGGAACUCUAAAAAAGUACGUUUUUUUAAUUGAUAAAUAACUUUCUGAAAAUAGCAUUUUCACAUGGAUGCAGUGGGCAAUCAAAGAUAAACACAACGACUGACGUUGACGUUGAGAAAUAGUUAUGGCAACGCAUGCUAUGUCGCUCGAAACUCUACCAUCUUCAUUCCCAUUUUUCCAGGACAUUGGAUAUAACCCACCCAUUUCUUUCUAUCUUUCAAUACAAACGAUUUACCGCAUUUGUUCCAAGUAACAUUGAGGUCACCAUGAAAAAAUGUUUUUAUGUUCUAAUUCAAGGUUUCAAAAAUCAAAUUUCACACGAAACUUUUGAUAAACACAACUGAUCUUACGAAAUUAAUACCACUGUGAGAAGAAAUUGGCAAAAUCGUGUCCAAACAUCAUAGAACUGACCAAUAUGGGCCUAUCACGCUCUCUUUAGCAAUGCUUCCGGUUUCUAUGUAACUAGAGGGUCAAGAGAUGAUAGAAUAACAUGCCCAAAAUGGACUCCAGCGAAAACAAUUCAAGGAUUUCUAGCCUCAAGUGGUCCUGGUCUUUUGAGCCAAUUGAACUAUCAAUUUAGUUGGACGAAGUAUAAAACAAAUCGUCCCGCCGUAAUCUCUGACUACAUGGUAAUCUGAAUAACCUAUGUUUGGUAGCACUUCCCAAUCAUGUCCAAUUGAAUAUGUUUUCACGGAAGUUUCGUUUCGCGGUAUGGCGUUGGUGGAUUAAAACAUGAAUUUGGCAUACUUUUUCAUCAAUUCUUGAAGUUAUUCCUUAAUCGUCGCCUUCAAACGCAUGAGUCAUCAUCGGUGAACGUUAUACGUGACCCAGUGAUAGUAUCACAUGGUUUCAAUAGCUUACAGUUAUUAUUAUUUUUGCGCUACGAAUUCUGUAUCUAUUUUUCAUUCCCGAAAAUUUGAUUCAAAGAAAAACUUGUCUCUAUUUUCUAUUUAUUUUUUGGAAAUGGUUUUUCGACGCCCAAUAUCUUUUAUAUAUCAAAAAAUUGUAUAAAAUUUAGAUACUGGUUCCACGAUAUCGAAUGAAAGCAUAGUUCAAAUAUUGUGCAAAAUCAACUAAAUUUUGACUGAGUUUUGGAAGAACAAAAUUAGCUGGGUUCACUCAAACUCUGAUUGAACCAAAUCCGAAUCCUCAAAAUUAAGAGUUAGGAGGACUAUCAGGACUCUGUUGUAUAGUGAGUGCUUUGAUAUCUUGACUAGAAUUUAUUCAUUUGAAAUUUGAUAUCAUACUUGAAAACUAAACUGUUCCGUUUUUGAACAUUCUUGAUUGAUGUUCACUUUAGAGCGUGCCAAAUUAGUUUCUAAAGGUGCUCAUAAACUGUUUGAAAUUCAUAGAAAUUCCGACGACAUCCAAUCAUUAUCUUUUCUUUAGAUUGCUAUAUUGAACCCAUUUUUAAUCACCCAUUAUUUUUUGCCGAUGGUUCAGUUGAUCGCAUACAAGAACUCAAUAUUUUAUUAUGGCAAACCAAAGAAACUCGUCUACCCGUUUCAAAAAAGUAUUACUAGCGUCAUUUUAAUUAGUGCUUGAUUCAGAUUUCUAUGCCAAAUAUCAUGCCUUGACUGUAUUCUAAAUGACAUGUUCGAGAAUAUGCGACCCUGAAACAGAGCUACAUUUUUCAUCAAUGUCACUGACAACUGACGAGCCACGUUAGUCACAUCCUACUGACAAAAAUCUUGGUCAAAUGGUGAUUGACGGAGUACGAUGAAACACUUUGCAUAUUACUGAGCUUCGUCAAUACGCUUUGACCAACCAAGCAGGCGGUAACAUUGUCCGUAACGAAUUGAUGAUUGUCGCAGAUUGCAUUUUAUUUUGAUCGAACAAAGCUUCGAUUUUCGUUCUGAUUGUUGUUUCUUAUAUUUACUGAAGUAAAUACUAUGUCGAACACGCGAUAACGUUUGAGCGGUUGCAAAUCAUUUAGGCAACGGAUUGUAUCAAAGCUUGAAAAAUCUACAUUUUGAAAUAAUGAAGAAAUUUCUCUCUUCUAAAUUCGCGUAUUUUGAAGUCCGUUUAGACUAAUUUAUAUCCUUUGUUCUCCUCGAAAUUUUAGAUUUUUAUAAAAGAAUGGUAUUCAGGUAGCAACGUUAACAAAUGCAUCCUGGUAAACGUGUAAACUUCCAUUACAUCAGGUGACAUGGUAUUUCUCGUCUUGACGAUCAUAGUGCGCUGACGUAACGCAAACCAUUCGCGCACAGGAGCCACAAUUUUAAAAUUAUUGGAAUCAAAUCCCUGAGGAUUUUGAUCAAUGAAAAAUUCAACAGAGGGUUUUCCAGGGAGGAACGGUUCAUAUUUGAAUGACUGUGUAAAACUACUUACGAUAGAUACAGUGAUAGGCGUGAAUAAAGCUCACCUUGGAUGUUUAGAAGAUUUUCUCAGUUUCUUUUCUUUUAACUAUUACCUAUCACUCUUUCAAGUAACUGACAAGUUUCGCCAUUUUUAUUUGAUUUUGUUCACUCCUUUACAUGACUACUUUAAUGUAUGCAAAUAUGCGUUGACAAAAAUAAAAUCCCACCGCAAGAAAUAAUAUCGAAAUCACUCAAAACCCCUCGUUUCUUCAAGUUAUGACAGUUAGAGCUGUGCGGUAUUGUCAGCAAUCGACAUUGAAGCGAUAUAAACAAAUUGUCUUUAUUAUUAAAAAAAACAUUUUUCAUUGAAUUUCCAUCAUAUUUAGCUGAAUUCAAUUCAUAAAACAUAAACCAAACAUUUUAUUGGAAUGAAACGCAAAAUAGAAAAAGAAAACAAGUAUAAAAACCCUGAGUUCGAGAAAUAACAAAUCACACAAUAAAAGCAACAAAGUUAAAAGUAUCAAUAUUUAGUGUGUCCUCCUGAAGUGACAUCAGUGACACCAUCGUUCACCACUUCGUAGUCGAGAAUGGUUCCACAGGUUCUCAAUCGGGUUGAGAUCAUGACUUUGUGUUGGUCAUUCAAGAGGUUUCAUUUUGCGUGAACGGAAAUAGGCUUUGGUCUUCCUAGCAGUAUGCUUCGGGUCGUUGUCCUGUUGGAAUACAAAGCUGUUUCGUAGGCCAGUUCUUCGAAGCGAUUCCUUCAGGUUCUCCUUAAAGAUUUCAAUUUCAUUUUGUGGAGGCGAUCUGGCGUGGUGGUAACAUCCAUACCUCUCACGCAGAGAUCACGAGUUCAAUUUUCACUCCCGACAUUCUUCCAAAAAUGGAAGUAAAAGUGACGAACCAGCCGAAAUGUGUUGAAAGUCACUAUAAUAGAGAAAAAAAAAAGAUUUCAAUGUAGACAUCUACUGUCAUGAUUCCGUGAUUUCGCACCAAAUUUACAACACCAACCCAGGAAAAACACCCCCACAUCAUUACAUUGCCUCCUCUUUGCUCGACCGUAGCCUGCAAUGACGUUUCUGCAUUCAUUCAUCAUGCUUCCCUCACACUCUCUCGCGCCGCUGCUUGUUGAAUAGCUCAAAUUUCGAUUCGUGUUUCCAAAGUACUUUUUUUUAAGUAUUCAGGUUUGUUGACAUGUUUGCGGCAGAUUCCAACCGUUUCAGUAUAUUGUUCUUGCUGAUAAACAGACGUUUUUUGUGAAUCUGCUCUUAAGUCCACGCUCAGUUAGUCUGCGGUGUACAGAACUUGCGGAUACCACCAACGAGAGGUUUUCCUGAAUGAAUUUGACUAAUACUUUUGGAGAUUUCUUCACUUCCCGGACGAUUCGGUGAUCCGUCCGGCUAUCGGUCUUCCGACGACGGCCUCUUCCGGAUAUAUCAGCAAGCUUUGUGCUUGUGCACAAUUUCGCGGACUGCUCCCUGACUUAUUCCGAACUUCUCUGCAAUCUUUCGCUGUGAAAUCUGCUGCAAAUGAUACAACAAGAUUUCGGACUUGCAUGCUCAUUUUCUUUCCUUCCAUUUUGAUUUUGUUGAAAACGUUUCAUGUAGACAACAAUAAUCGACUUUUAUGUGCCAACCUAAACAACACUUUGUUUAUAUCGCGUCAACUGAAUCACUGAAAGGUUGUAAAUAAUAUCGCACAGCCCUAGCCCUCAUAACAUGUGGAAAUGGGGGGCUACUCAAACGUUUCGAAUGAUUGUAAUAUUAUUUUUAGGGGUGGGCUUUUAUUUUUGUCAUCGCAUAUUUGCACACUUGAAUAGUUCUUUAAAUAGAAAUAAAGAAAAGUUUUUAAAUAUGAAAGGUGGGCAGAGUUGUAUUCACAGAUGUUGACUGCUCCGAAAAUUAUGCAAAAGUUAGGUUAUAGUCAGAUUUUCUGAAACAUUAUUAAGGCUUCAGGAUUGAGUAAAUAAAAUAAAGUUGACGAUUUUUCAUCAGUAGGGGUGUGUUUCACCUUGUUACAUCCACCUUCAUUUGUAAAUUAUUCUGAAUUUCGCAUAUUUUGCCAAUGGAUUCGUAGACAUUUCCAUAGGUCUGGUACAAACAACAAGUAUAAUGUUUGUGAUCAUACUUUUUCUUAACCUCUGAUCAGUUCUUUUGGAAUUCUCGAGACCGAAUUGUGCUCCAGAAUAUUAUAACGGACAAAUACUCUCCUUUUAUUUUCAACUAUUGCUAUUUUUAUUUCUGACGUGACUUCCGAUUGUAAGUUCAAAUUCGUAUCCCAUGGUUGGCAUUGCUUGUACGAGUAGAAAAACAAAACAUAAUCAUAUAUGUACCUAUAUCUAUCACUGCACACUUGACGGUAGCUAACAUUGUAUUGGCCAAAUUUAAAGCAAACCCAAACCCGGAAAUAUUGUAAGCAAUAUUUUUUUCUUUAGGUAUUUGAUAUCCCGAUGUUGGCAACGAAGAAAUGGCAGCUUGUGGAAUCCUCCCGAUAAAAACAAACGGAUUAAGCCAACUGUCGAUGCUGAAGCUUUCACAGUGUAAACAAGUUUAUAACUCAUGAUUCGUCAAAACUGAAGACCAUUUUUAUGGAUUAGUUUUUAUAUACCCAUCUUGUCUCUUUUUGGUUAGUUUACAUGUCAAACUAGAAAAGUCUGCUUUGUCUGACAAAUUCCAUCCCAGUGAUUGCAUUACAAUUCCAACAAGUAAUUAGAGUACACACUCACUAACACACAUAUCCGUUCACGACACAGGGUGUAAUAUAAAAAUCAAUCCAUCAUUCCAAUACUCAAAGAUUACACCAAGGUGUGCAAACAAAAUGGUGGAGUGUUAGUUCAAACGAUGCAAUACCAGCACAAUUAUGAACAAAACAAGAUGUAUUAUAUAGCUUUUAGAUUAGUAGCAUUCCCCAGAGUAUUUGUUUUAUAAGUAGCAAGUAAGAAAUUAAAAAAAAAUGUAAAUAUUUAUAUUUUCACAGUAACAACACCAGAAAUUAUCAGUAUUUAAUGUUGUGUAGAUCAAUUAUCACUCGUUAGAAAUGCAACACGUUUUGCCAGUUUUGUUUUAUUUGUAAAAAAAAUAUAUCGAAUGGUCUUUAUUUGACGAAACAAUUUCAUUUGAAAGAUUUUCAGCAACAUACCCAUUUUCGAAACCAAGCAAAAGUACAUUAACUGAAUCCCGAAUGAAAAAAAAACGACCGCAGAAAACGCGUGGGAAUCAGAAAUCAUUUAAUCAAUUAAUAUAAAUUAAUGUUAAGUUUGAAGACCAGCAAAGAGGAGCAGCAACAUAAAAAAGCAUUGACGAAACAACACUAAGAAAACCAAAGGCUUCUCAAACGGAAAAAUAUCGUUUCGUAUUUAUUAGUGUUCCCCCCCUUCCUGGCGUUAAUGAAAAAUUGAUAAAGUUUGUACACCAACAAAGAGAAGGCCCGAAAAAUACAGGCCAAGGUGCAAGCCGCAAGAAUGAACUGUAAUUGAGUGUUAAUAAAAAAUCAUAAAUUAAUUACUUUAGCGAAUUACCCGGUACGUCAUGACUUAUAGGAAAAGAUUUUUGUUUCGUGCUUCAUGUCUGGUGACUCCCACGGAAGCCAACACCCAACGGCAUUGGCCGAUCCGGGAGUGCCAGAGAGAGAGAAGAACGAGCCAGACAUGGAUCGGCUCCAGGAAAUUAAUGGAAUCAUUUAUAUGCAGCUCAAUGCUAGCUGAAUUUUCGAUGAAACGAAUUGCAACCGGUCGCGUUCGGUUCUCGGUUUUUUAAUGAUAAUAAUAAUAAGGAAAGCAAAAGCGAUAUUCUUACAUACUUUAUACAUGUGCGGGAUUGCAUGCCUCAUCAUCGUGAUUUCUUCUAAUGAUUCAUACGAUUCUGAAUUGUAAAACUAGGCGUGCUCGAUAGCAUUAAGGCAGGCAGCGUGGAGAUGAAAACAGUCUUAAUUAGAACUCUGUGUAGACUCACUUAGACUUGGAUGUAAUUUAUUAGUGAAUUAGCUACUUUUGAUCUUGUAGACACGAACCAGCGCUUCGUGUCGAUCGAUAGAGCCGUAGUACUAAAGUCUGAGCGAAGCAAGUUAGCUCUGAGUGAGAGACAUUAAACAACUAGAUUUAGCACCACAAUGCGAUGGAAUAUUCAAAAUGUUCAAAAUAAGUUUGAAAUAUAGUUGAAGAA